CUCGAGCACACCGGAUAUCCACGCAGAUAGAUGUGAUGCUGUUGAAAGACUCAGUGGAGAGGGCAAGUCUGUUCCUACCUGGGCAGGUGAAAUGGCAUGUGCAGAAGUGCCUUUAGAUGAGCUGCAUGUGACUGAGCCCUUUGGACCACAAGGCAAAGAACGCACCCUACCAGCACAGCACCCUGACCAUAAAGAAGAGAGGCGUUUCUUAACCUAUAAACCCCCACCUGAGGAUGGCACACCUGUGCUGGUGGAAGAGUUUCUGGAGCAUGCUCAGUUCAUCUCAGAGGAUCUGGAGUGGCUGCUGGCUUUACCUCAUGACAAGUUCUGGUGUCAGGUGGUAUUUGAUGAGUCAUUACAGAGGUGUUUGGACUCUUAUUUGAGACACGCUCCGCGUGGUUUGGACCCAUCUGGUCUCUCGUCCAGUCCAGCUGUAGCUGACAUGCAGAGGAACAUUCAUCGCUUUGUGAUCUUCCUCAGGAUGGCUACGCACAAAGAGUCUAAGGAGAACUUCAUAACCCCUGCAGUGUUUGCAGAGAUUAUUUACAACAACUACCUAUUUGACAUUCCCAAAAUUCUGGAUCUGUGUGUGCUGUUUGGGAAAGGAAAUUCCCAACUGCUACAUAAAAUGAUCGAGAACAUUUUUACUCAACAGCCCAAUUAUUAUGGAGACCUAAAUGAGACUAUACCUUCAAUCAUCCAGGUGUUUGAUAUGAUAUUACAGAAGUGUGGUAUUCAGUCAGAGGACACAGGAAACAGUCAACCCCUCAAACUGAAUGCAAACAAAUGCCUAACUGCCAUGGCCAUUCCAGAGGAGGAGCUAGCAGACUUGGUUUUGUACAUGUGUGAUACUUGCACUACUAUCCACUCUUUCCUGGACACCUUCCCUGAGGCUUGUUCUACCUUCAAACAACACAACUUUCUUAACAGAUUAUCGUCAUUCUAUGAGAUGGCAGUUCCAGACCUGAAGAAAGCAGUGAAGAAGAGAAAUUUCAAUAAAAGUUUACAGGAGGACAUGUGGAGACGAAUAUCUCAUUCAAGAAAGAAAAUGGUAGAGAGUGUUCACCUGUUGCUCCAACACACUUUACAGCCCAUUCUGGAGGGCUCUGAAAACAUGGUAUCCUACGUAGAAGAUCUUCUACAGAACUUCACAGCUUUCCUUCAAGAGAAAAGAUUCCUGGCAGAUUAUGAUGAACAGUUCCCUAUAGCGGAUGACAUCAGUCUCCUUCAGCAGGCCUUCCCUCAUUUAGACGACACCAGGAUGUCUUAUCUGUUGCAGGGUGUAGAGUCUUUUUGGGAGUGUGUGGGGAAAAAGAGAUGCUUCCCCUCUUCAGUCAAUCACAGCGCAGGAGCCAAGCGCAAGACUGGCAGAGAUUUAGCAGUUUCCCAGAAGGAAGGAGCAGGAGUGUUGGAAGACAGAGAGGAGUUGAGAAGAGCGGAAGCUAUGACUGACAUACCCCGUAAGGGUGACAACGGGGUAGUGUGCACAUUGAGUGCUGGAGAACUAGAGUCUCUGCUGUCCCAUAUCCGUGACCUGUUUCCGGACUUGGGAGAGGGAUUCAUACUGGCAUGUUUGGAGGAGUACGGCUACAUUUCUGAACUUGUCAUCAACAACAUUCUGGAAGAUAAACUGUUUCCUUCUCUUGACAAACUGGACAGGGAAAUGGCAAGGCCUGUGAAGAAUGAGCUUCCAUCAGUUUUGAGCACUAGAUCAAACGUGUUUGACGAUGACGACUUUGACGUGUUCAACCGUGACCGACUAGACAUGAGUUGCGUUUGGAAAGGCCGGAGACAGGGGGAGAGUUUGUGUGCCACGCUCAAUGACAAGCAGCACAUCGAAGAGCAGAGAGCGAGAUAUCAAGCCUACCAGACAGUGGUGGAUGAGAUUCCCAUAGCGAAUGGCCCCUCUGGAAAUCGUGAUAAUGCUUUCGGGAUGGAUGAUUAUGAUGAUGAAUAUGAUGACACGUAUGAUACCAACCAAAUUGGAGCCAAUGAUUUAGAUGAAGAGGAUGAACUAUUGAACCGCAGGCCGUUUACUACCCCACAAGUUCUCAGAACAGGCAAACAAGCUCAGGAGAAUGACGAAGACAAGGAUGAGGAGGAAGAGGACAAGAAUGAGGCUGUGAAAAAUGAUCACUUCAUCCAGGACCCAGCAGUUCUCAGAGAGAGAGCCGAGGCCAGGAGAGCUGCUUUACAAAGCAGGAAAGGCUACAGACCACCACCAGCAAGUAAUGUGGUAGGAGGGCCAAAGGGACGGGGCCAGACACAGGAGAUCAUUUUGGACCGUCGCAGAAAAGAAGCGAAUAAGAACAGAGGAGCCAAUCGCAGAAUGAUGGCUGACAGGAAGAGGAACAAGGGCAUGAUCCCUUCCUAAAACUUUUACAUUAACAACAGCACAAUGCACAUUCUUUGAGAGCUAAAAGCAGAAAUAGCACCUGAAGUUUAAUGUAGCUCCUCACUUAUACAUGUUCAAUAUGCAUUGAAAUUACACUCUGGUCUAUUACAUAGACCUAUUAUUCUUUCAGAUUGAAAAUUAGUUUUUUUUUCUUCUGAAGUUUGAAUCAAUGGGCUGAGUUUGAAGUGCUUAGUAAAAUGCACAGGGAUGUGUUUCUAUAAGGGAUCACGAUAAUCUUUUUGUUCUCUUUGCUAGUGAUAGUCAACAUAAUGUGUGACAAGAAAACUUGUAAGGCAAAGGAGUCAUGUCGUUUGACCUGUAACACAUGAGUUUAUUGAACAGAGAAGCGGUACAAACAGUUAUUGCACGAAGUAAAAUUCAAUAAAUAAAUAAAGGAACAUCAGGUUUGAGAAUGUAGCAUUUAAAAUAAAUCUGAGAACGAAUUCUACAAAGGAUGUGGUACAUUACCCUACUCAAGCAAAAAUGCAGCUCAUGAGAUCCUGUUCCAGUUCACUAAAGGUUUAGAAAGCAAUUAAGACUUAACCUCAGAGCAGUCUUUUGAGAAAUCUCCCCAUUUGAGGUUGCACAGACUGGAUACACAGUCUGAUUUCAACAAGAGUCAUAUUGUGCCAAAGGCUGUAAGCAUUCAUCAUUCUAGAAAAGAGAGAUGUCAUUUUUUCACAUAGACUUUGAACAGGCAAUUGUUCUCUUGCCAUGUGGAGAAACAUAUUUCUACUUACUAAGAAAUGCAAAGCAUUUUUGUAAUAAAAAGCAUAUUUAAGAAUGCUUUUGAAAUAAAAAAUAAAACAUGAAUAAAUACUGUUCUUAAGACUGUCUAUAUAUUGUUCCUCUUUUUGUGAGUGUUUACUAUAAUUUGACGUAAUGGUUGUCUACCUGUCUGGCAGAUGCCCUCCUGAGAAAGCAUGGAGUCAAGACGGCUCAUGUAUCAUGACUGAAGCAUGAUAGCUAGGGUCGGGGAAAUUCCUCAGAUUUGGCAUAAGCAUAUAUUGAAAUGAGAUGCUUUGAUUGGCUGCUGUUAAGUACAUUUACAUGCACAGUUAAAAUCAAGCUACAGCAGGGUUUUGCAUUGAUGAGCUACAGUCUUCAUCUAUCCGUUCUAAUAAUCCAACCAUACGUAACUGAAAAUGAAAAGGGGAACAUAACUUUUGGAGGGAUGUCGAGGCCUACUGUAGCUGAGCUACAAAUUGCUUUUUCAUUAUAAGAUCUCUUUAACGUUUUUUUGAAAGAAGUCUCAUGCUCAUCAGGGCUGCAAUUAUCUGAUAAAAAAACAAUAAACCUAAUAUUGUGGAAAAUUAAUUACCAUGUUUAAAAAUAACUUAAUAUAUUU